CCGGAGCAUCCGGGAGCCACUGCCGCCGCCACCACUGCCACCACCACCACCACCACCGCCACUAGAGCUGCUUCCACUGCUGCCACCUCCCUGCCCAGAACCCCAAGACACCCCGAGCGCGUGCGGCGGCUGCUGCUUGCAUGUUCCACCUUUUCCUCUGCCCCUCCCUUCCGUGACCUACCCACUCCUUGGAGCCCUCGUCUGCACCUUUCCCGACACCCCAGCAUCCCUGCACCACCUGCUCCGGCAGCCUCAUCGGGUGUUGGGACUUGCUGUGUGCGCCGAGGGGAAGGCUAGCCCGACUGGUGCCUGGCAGACGGGCUGUCGCGGCUGCACCACCGGGAGGAGAAGAAACUAUUUCGCCCACCAAAAACCCAUUCUGCGGGUGCUUCGCCGCUGCCGCUUCUGCUGCCGCCGAUCCCCGUUCGUGUCCGCGAGUUCAAACACCGCAGCAGCGGGGACCGUGGGUCCGGCGGGCGCCGCGAGGAGGACACCGGCGGAGCCCUACACUCUGGUGCCCUGCUCACCAGCAGAUCCGUGCCUCCUGGUUCCUCCCCCCAACCAUUUGGAGAAGGGACCAUGAUUUGGAAGCGCAGCGCCGUUCUCCGCUUCUACAGUGUCUGCGGGCUCCUGCUACAAGCGGCUGCUUCAAAAAAUAAAGUUAAAGGCAGCCAAGGGCAGUUUCCACUCACACAGAAUGUAACCGUUGUUGAAGGAGGAACUGCAAUUUUGACCUGCAGGGUUGAUCAAAAUGAUAACACCUCCCUCCAGUGGUCAAAUCCAGCUCAACAGACUCUCUACUUUGAUGACAAGAAAGCUUUAAGGGACAAUAGGAUCGAGCUGGUUCGGGCUUCUUGGCAUGAACUGAGUAUCAGUGUCAGUGAUGUGUCUCUCUCCGAUGAAGGACAGUAUACCUGUUCAUUAUUUACGAUGCCUGUCAAAACUUCCAAGGCCUAUCUCACUGUUCUCGGUGUUCCUGAAAAGCCUCAGAUUAGUGGGUUUUCAUCACCAGUUAUGGAGGGAGACUUGAUGCAGCUGACUUGUAAAACAUCUGGUAGUAAACCUGCAGCUGAUAUAAGAUGGUUCAAAAAUGACAAAGAGAUUAAAGAUGUAAAAUAUUUAAAAGAGGAGGAUGCAAAUCGCAAGACUUUCACUGUCAGCAGCACUCUGGACUUUCGAGUGGACAGGAGCGAUGAUGGAGUGGCAGUAAUCUGCAGAGUCGACCAUGAAUCCCUCAAUGCUACUCCUCAAGUGGCCAUGCAGGUGCUAGAAAUACACUAUACACCAUCAGUUAAGAUUAUACCAUCCACUCCUUUUCCACAAGAAGGACAGCCUUUAAUUCUGACUUGUGAAUCCAAGGGAAAACCACUGCCAGAACCUGUUUUGUGGACAAAGGAUGGUGGAGAAUUACCAGAUCCUGAUCGGAUGGUUGUGAGUGGUAGGGAGCUAAACAUUCUUUUCCUGAACAAAACGGAUAAUGGUACAUAUCGAUGUGAAGCCACAAACACCAUUGGCCAAAGCAGUGCAGAGUAUGUUCUCAUUGUACACGAUGUUCCCAUCACUUUGCUUCCCACUACUAUCAUCCCCUCCCUUACCACUGCAACAGUCACAGCCACUGUAGCCAUAACCGCCAGCCCCACCACACCUGCAACCACCAACAGCAGAAGAGAUCCCAAUGCUCUGGCUGGCCAGACUGGCCCUGAUCAUGCUCUUAUAGGAGGAAUAGUGGCUGUAGUUGUGUUUGUCACAUUGUGUUCUAUAUUUCUGCUUGGUCGAUAUCUGGCAAGACAUAAAGGAACAUAUUUAACAAAUGAAGCUAAAGGAGCUGAAGAUGCACCAGAUGCUGACACAGCCAUUAUCAAUGCUGAAGGCAGCCAAGUCAAUGCUGAGGAGAAAAAAGAGUAUUUCAUUUAAAAUGCAGGCCGAGAUUCUGAGUUUUACUUACCAGGCUGGCUGCUGGAGAAAACUGGCUCUCAUCUUUCAGAAUUCAUUUCUACCAUCUUCUGCUACCUUUAUUAACUUCCAUAGCGUACUGCUGUCAGUAGCCAGGGUGUACCAGCAAUCAGCUGCCGAAGGCAUCAUUCUUUAAUCACUGUACCAUCCAUAAUGCAGGACAUUUCUUACUGCCUAAAUUCCACACCAUUGCUCUUUUAACAUACAGUGCUUGAAUAUACAGCCUUAACAAUGUUAAUAAUCUCCUUGGAUCAUGAUAUUGAAUUGUUUUUAUACAUUGAAAAAAGUGUAUGCAGAGUUUUUCUUGUUUGUUUCCCCUCAUUUUCACCCCCUUUAAAUCAUGGACUUAGUUUGCCAUUGGACAGCUUCACAAAAAAACAGAAUUAGGUAAAGAGCUAAUGUGCUUAAGUUUAAUCAGACAUUAAAAGUUUACAGACAAUGUUUUCUACAUGUCUCUCUUCAAAGGCAUGUUUGGAGACAUAUGCCCUAGAAAACACAAACUGAAAACACUGUAGUAUAGAUUCUGGAUUGUUUGCAAUAUACUGGUAAGGCUGUAUCAAUUUGCUAUUUAAAACUAUAGUAUUUGAUACAGGAGCCAUGUGUAUGAAAUGUAAUCCUGUCAUGGUAUCUUAUGUAAUUGUAUAGAUCCCACCAUUAGGUUAUUUUAGCUUCAUUUACUAAUAAAUUGUUACAAACAUUUUACUGCUUGGGGAUCACCAAGAUUUCAUUCAUUUUUCUAAUUUCAUUCUGUAAUUUAUUUGCUCCACAAGGACUUACCUUCCUAAACAAAAUUGAAGUAUCCAUAGGGCACAAUUUUGAGACAUUUUAGUAUCUGUAUAUAGUGCAUAUAACAAAUCCAAUUAAACAUUAUUUGAUACAUAUUCAACUUUUGGGGCUGUAGGUAGUUCAAUCAUAAGUGAGCAUUUUCUAAUGUCCAUUAUAUCCCUUUAGAUAUUACUUAAACAAAUAUUAUAAGUAGAUAACAUGUAUUAGUAUUUUGUCUGUAUGUCCUAGCACUGUUCAACAACAAAUUUUUCUAGUUCUUGUUAAUUUUUAUUUCUUAUACAAUGGAAGCACAAUGUUAUAAGGAAAGGUAAUUUUAAGCUAACAACCAGUGCACAGCCUCAGGUUUAAAUUACAACCACAAUAGAAUAAUAACCUAAAAAUAAACUCUUAGUUUGCUAAAAAGUUUGCAAGUUUUAAUUUGGCAGUUCCAUAGCUGCUUACCUAUGUUGGUUUGCCAAAAACAAGUGUUUAAGAUAUGUUUUCUGUAUAGGUAAACUAAUUCUUUAUAUUAAAUUCCUGUCUAUGCAUUUUGUGAGGUACAAGCUUAUGAAACAGUGAGUGAUAGAGAAUUUCUGCCAUGCUUUUACCUCCAAGGUGAAAGUCUCUUCCUCUGGAUUAUUUCUGAAAUUUUGGUGUAUUUAACCAUUAAGAAAUGCUGUAUCCUUAAAUAUGACACAGAGUUCAUCUAAAGUCAUAUUAUUUCUUCUAGUAAAAUACAAUAUUGUUAGAUUAGUUCCCAUUGAAUUUAUUAUAUGCUAAAGAUUAAAAAUCCAGUUAGAUGAAAAUUAUUUUCUCAUUCACAAGCAUUGCACCUUUAAGAAGAAAACAAGUAUGACAAUAUGGUAGCUCUACUUGUGAUGUCAAAGCAUGAUGGCCUAUGGUUUUUAAAAAACAAUAUCUUGGAAUUUGCUUUGGGGAAUUGAGAAUGUUUGAGUAUGACAUCAUAUGUUAAUAUCAAAUGAAAGACAAGGGUGCUGUAUCUUAGAUUAUUUAUCAGAAAAGUAUAAAUCUUUUAAAUACAAUGUUAGAAUUCUAAAUUGUUUUCUUUUUAUUGUUGAAGCAUUUAUCUUGUUAUUUCUUACAAAAAGGAAAAAGGAUGAUGUCAGUCAAGCAGCACUUUUUCAGAAUAUACAAAACAUACAUAAAUAAUAUGAUGUGGUUGAGUGUUAACAUAAUAAAUCAUAUACAGUAUGGCAUUUUAAGGAAAUAAGUCUGCAUUGAUGUGAUUGCAUGCUUGUUUUUACAGUUCAAUUCAUACCAUCUGUGGAAAAAUGCAAUAAUAUGUUAAUAUAGUAUGGUAGUUUGAGAGAAUCGGGUAGGUGCUACUAGACACAUUGAAACUAGAAUAGGUUUAUAAACUGUUCAUAUCUUUCAAUGCAUAAUCUUUAGAAAGACUCCACAAAGCAAAAUUCAUCCUGUUAGUACAAAUUGAAAGUUUCUUAUUACAAAAGUUGUACAAACCCCAUCAUCAAUUACUAUUUAAAGCCUAAUUUCAGGAUGUACUUACAAAAUUGCUCCUAUUCAUUAAUGUUGCAUUUACAUCUUUCUUCAUUUUGUCUAUAUUCUACUUGGCUCCUGAUGCUUAAUUACCGCCUAAAUAAAUCAUUCAUUAUUUCCAACACUGUAAAAUUAAAAAUCCAAAAUUGGUUGCCUUUCAAGAUUUUUUGAUUCUUUGACCUUUCAGAGUAAUAUAAAAACUCUUUAGAACUCUUUAAAACAAACUAACUGGUGAUCUGUAAGCUCUAAUUGAUUAUUUCACCAGUUAAAAUAGAUAGAUUAGGUAUCAUUUUAGUUACUGAAAAAAUGGCAAUUGAAUUAUGGUUUCCUAUUUUUUAAAAUUAUUUGAUUUCUAACAAUCAAAAAAUAAAAUAUAAAAAUCUUUGCUUAUUUCUAUAAAUUUCAGAAUAAAAUGAAAUACCAUUUUUAAAAGAACCCCAUCAAAUUCAAUGUCCAAACCAUGCACACUUUUAUGCAUAGAGAACCAAAUUCUGUCUCUGCUUAGUGAACACAGAAGCUACAGAACUCAGUGGAAGGAGUGUGCAUAUACACACAGACUUGCAACCAGCCCUAGUAGAAUAUGGAACAUCAUUUUUUUACCAGAAGUAGCUAUUCUCUGCCAGUGUACUGUUUACAGUGUAAACUGAUUGUCCUUCAUCAAAAAAAAAUAUAAGCAACAUUUUUUCUUGUUUUUUUUUUCUGUUUUUCAGUGUCCUAGAUAGAAAAAAUUAUCAAAAUUAGGAAGAAAAAGGAAAGUUUGUGAGUGGAAGAGCGAAGACAGAGACCAUGAGCAGAGUUUUGAGGUGUGUGUGGGGGGCGAGUGAGAGAGAAUGAGAGAGAGAGAGAGAGAUUGAUUGAUUUUUACUUGUUUUCUCUUACUAGAGAAUUCAAGAGGCAGUUUAAGGAACCUGAUAUUGGAGUUUAAUCUAAAAACUGGGUAAUAUCAUAUUGAUUCAAGAUGGUCAAUCUUGCAACAAAAGCCCACAACUAAAGUAAAACAACAACAAAAAAAAAUAAAACAGAGAAAGAAAACUAACUUUCCUAAAUAUAGCAAAGAAGCUAACACCUCAUUUAUUUUUAAUUUUAUGUAAAAAUAUAUAAAUAUCUCGAUUAAAAGGACAGGUUCACUUGUAAUUAUGUACUCACGAUUGUAAUAGCAUUGAGAUUCCAUAUAGGCACAUGUACAGCAGUUAUUCGACAGUGAUGGUUCUUCCAUGUAAUAUAGCAGUUAUUGUAUAAUAUAGUGCCACUUAUUGCAAAGUGUUACAAGGGGAAGAUUUAAAAUACUUUUCCUUUACUUUGGACUUAAAAGGUAAUUUAAUGUACACUAAAGAUGAAACUUCAUAUUAGGUUUUUAAUUGUGGAGAAAAUGUAAAACCUCUAUCUUAUGGCAACUUCCUUGUCAUAAUGUUAAUUACUCAGAGCCCUCUAAAAAUGCCCAAUAUUAUCCCCCUUUGCAAAUGUAACCUGUGAUAAAUAUAUAAAAACAAACAAAAACAAUUGGCAAUGACAGCUGAAAUAAAUGAAACACCUAGUGACAAUUACUGAGUAAUGCUUUUUAUUAAGUGGCACAAAGUACACACUAAAAACUAUGCAAAAUAUAGGUAACUACAGUGUACGUACAUGUAAGUAUCUUGUACUUGCUGUUUAUGGAUGUUCAAAACCCAUGUAAUUAUAAUAUGCAUUUUGAAUAUUGGGAAAGAGGAAAUCUUAGUGUAGAUAAUAGGAUUUGUUUUGAAAUAUACACUGGCAAUAUUGAAAUAUACAUACUCAGUGCAAUACCUGCAAUUCUAUUGCUGGAUACUUAAUACAAAGGGGUUUUAAAGAAUUCUUCAACAAGAUCCAAGGGGUUACUAACCUUCACCUCCCACAUUCUAAAUCAUUGCUUUAAAGAAAACUGGCUCAGCUAAAUGAUGUUUUUCUUUCAUAAUCAUUAACAUUACAAAAUAAAAUUAUUUGGCUUAGUUUUUAGCCUUACUAGAGAAAAAGAAAGUUUUAUUUACAUACAAUUUAAUUUAUAAUUAUUAAACAUUAUUUGAAAUGCAUGUAUGUUUUAAUGAAUUUGGGGACUUCUGUUAUAAAUACAAAUUUAUUCAAUCAAAUCAUAGGUUACCUUUCAUAGGUAAUGUCACUAUACUUUAGUGGACAUUUUUUGUAUCUUUUCUUUUUCUAUUCAUUUUUUCCCCUUCCCUAUGUUACCCCAAACAUACCCUUUGCACCUAUACCCUUCCAAAGGCAAUGGAUUGAAAGUAGCAAGAUUAUAAACAGAGCUAAAAGGGAUACCAUAUAAGAAUGGGUUCUAAACUAAUAAGCAUUUUUAUGUGUUGAGAUUAUUAAUAUUGAAUGCAAUAGUUAUUGGAUAUAGUUGGUAAGUUCUCUGCCAUGCAUACUUACAAUAAUCCUACCUCUCACUUUUAACAUGGGCUAUGAUACUUCAAUAUAAAUAGAAGAAAUAAUUAUUUACAAGGUAUCCCAGGAAGCACUCAUUAGAGGCUAACAUAGCAGUCUGCUCCCCACACCCUGGGGAUUCUCAAAAGCCAACUUGUUUUAGUGUAUUCAACAGUGUAUGAGUCUGCCUUUGUUUUUCUUUUUCUAUCAUCAACUUUUCCUGUAGGCAAAACAUUAUGACUUUAUAAGAAUGGCUCUUCUCAUGAUUAUUUAAUAUUGCAAUGUAUUGUGAUUUUGUUGAUUUUUAAAAAAUAAUUUAAAUGGCAACAAUUUGUAGCCCAAUCUAUUUAUUUAAUAUUUAAAAUACAAUUCCUUAUGAAUUAAUGCUAUGCUUUUAAGUGAAAAUUAUAAAUGUAGUUUAUUUUGCCAAGCAGUGUUAUCUAGGUAAGACAAAAAUAUAAGUAUUUAAGACUGGCUCCUUAUUAACAAAUAAUAUCUAAAUAAUAAGUGCAAAAUAUUGCCACAAAUGGCCACUUUAUUUUGUCUAUAUAGACACAUCAAUUUUUCAAAUGAUGUAAUUUAAUUAUUCUAAAAGGAAAUUACAUUUCAAAAGCAGAUUUUCCUCUAAGAAAAGGGUACAAGAAAAAACUCAAUUAUGACAUUGAAUUUAUAGUAUAUGCUUGAAGUUAAAGAUGUUUCUGUGUUAUGUGGUUAUGUUAUAAAUAUAUUUCAUCUAAUCUUUAUAAUCUCUUCCAUAUAUGUGUGUGUAUGUAUAUACAUAUAUAUACAUAUAUAUAUGUAUAUGCUAAUUACAAGAAAUGUAUGGGUUAUUUUGGAGAGAAUGGGCCCCAUGUGAAAAAGAUGUAAAAAAAUAAACUUACUAUUUCCCCCUAUGAAAUAUGCUGUACAUUUCAAAAGAAGAAAAAUGAAAAGAUAUUUGAAGAUUGCAGGGGCAAAAGAAAAACCUACCAGGGCUCAGCACUUAAGCACUUUCCCACAUCCAGGGUCAGGACAGCAGUGAUUCCCACAUGGACUUUUAAGUGCGGUAUGAAAUGCCACAUUACAAUUCUCUUACACACAGUACUGUCAAACCUCAGAUACUUUCUUUCUUCAGAUGCUUUUCCUUGUACAUGAUACUAGUAGCCACUCUUCUCUUUAUAUUUGUUGAUAGUGAAAGUUAUAUGCAAUAAAAUAUUUCAUGAUUGAAAGCAGUGGUCACCAGCUGGUUAGAAAAAAAAACUAUGAAAUGUAAACUGAAUUAUUUCUUUAUCCUUUUUACUUUUCUCUGUGUUUCUAAUGUAUUGAAAAAUACUCAAAAUAGAAAAAUGAUUUAGACAUUUUUCAAAACUAGUACUUUUUCUCCUUAUAAAUGUAUAAAGUUUUAAUCUCCUUACAAAUUUAUUCACCUGUACUUGUUGUACCUAUUGUAGAUUCAAUGAUGCAGUUAAGUAGUAACCCAAGGAUGUAUGAGUUUGUAAUUACUAACCUAUUUUCUUCAUAUUCAGUUCACAUCAAUAUUUGUGAAUUGGUUGUUUUGCUUUUCAUGCAACCAAACAAUAUUCCCUCAAGAAAGCUCCAUUUUUAUCAUAAACAUUUCAAUAUAAUCAACAUUGGAACAAGUCUGCCAUGUUAAAAAGAAUUUAAAAACUUAUCUCUGAAGAUUGUACUCAAGAAAUGCAGGUGUUUCCAGCAAUGUAGUUUCAAAAAUAAAAUGUUCUAUUUAUAUGAUAUGAAAUUCAUAGCUUUUGGAAGGGUAUAUUUAUGACAGCAUAAAAAUAAAUUAUAUGUUGUAAAGAAGAUCCAUCAAAAUCAAGCAUAUUGCACAGUUAUUGAAUAUACUGUUCUUAUUAACAUGUUCAGAAAACAAAAUGCAUAUUGUAAUAUUAGGUACAUGACACUUGCAUGUUGAUAUGCCUAUAUACUUACAAAGUAUUCAAUGUGUACUUAGUGAUGCUUAAACUAUGUCAUGUACAACUCUUACAAACAUUCUUACAGGGUUCCCAUUUGCACUUCAUCUUUCAAUAAAGUCUUGUCAGAAAAAAAAAAAAAACUGUCCAAUAUAUAUAUAUGGAAAAAUAAAAUUUGAAUUUUAGUUA